AGUGCGUGAAGGACGUAGUCUAGAGAGUAAGCCACUUGCGCAUCGUCACUGCAAGAAGAAGGUGGAAUCAAGCCCUGGCCUUCAUUCGCAGUUGGAAACCGACCAGGGCUGAAAUCGCGUGGGGGCGAGAUAAUCAACUGUUAAAUAAUGCAAGGUGGCAGUAACAAUAAUAAAUCGAUUUCCAUACUUCAGUCAACAUGAAUGCAUCGGCUCUUCCCACCCAUGGCUUCCCCUUGAAAGACGACAGCAUCAACGGUGCUCAAUUGCCACUCAUUAUCCUGGCUGAUCUGGAUGAUAGUGAAAGGACUCGUCUCAUCCAUCACCUGCGAGGGUCCGUGAAGGAUGGUGAACCUCUUAUUGUUCAUAUAUGGGGACCUUCGAUAGAGACCCUCCAGUCCAUCGCGAAACAAGGCCCCUUCCCCGACAGCCAGGCGAACAUCCAUGCGAUAGCAGUGCUGGCCUCGCGCGCAGGAUGGGACGGUCUGCUGGUGGCAGAUCAACUGACCAAGCGUCAGCUCAAUGGGAGCCUGAGAGUGGGCGAGUACCCGACUGUCUCUGCUGUGAUGGUCUCCAUCAGGACCUGUACAGAAGGCCGAAUUCGCAUCCUUGCAAAACGCACAGCUGGUCCGACAUGGCCCAUCGGAGGAGACGAGCACGAACUGGUAUAUGAAGACAUUCUUACGGAAAUGUCGACCUUUGAACCCACUGCCCCGAUCAGGGGGGAUAACCCUUUUCCCGACGCCGGGCUCGUUCUCUAUGAUCCGGAUAGGCGCCCCUUCAGCCCAGAGACUUCAGGGACCCUGGAAUGGGAGAAGCAGUGUGGGGCCGACGUUUCUCGUAUUGAACUGCCCAAGGGCACCAUUCAGCACGGUCGGGACCAUUUCAACGUGGUUCUCCUCUUUCCCACUACCGAGGACGAGCAGAAAACAACAGAGUCGGCGCUCCAGCAGGCGAUGGACGUUUGUCUCCAACUCAACCAGAGCGAGGACGGCGAGGACGGUGAAUCCUCAUCGCCACUGCAGGUUCAUGUGGUACCGUGGGAUUGUCACAAGGCUGUGAGUCGACGACAGAUAAUCGAGCUCUGGGAUGCAUGCCAACGCUGCCUUCCGUUGAACAAGAUCCAAUGGGAGGUGUUUCUGCUGAAAGAGCCAAUCCAGGAUGUCGCCAAUGUCGAGCUCGGAGUAGUCAGGGAGAGGUACGGUGGAUAUAAAUUUGCGCAGGCUCCAUUAAGGCACAUAGUCUCAAGAAGAUCGUAUACUGAGCCAGAAGUCGUUGCACCAAACCAUCCAUUCUAUGUGACGACGCCCGACUGGCAGUCGACAAGCUAUGCACUCACCUGGAUCCCAGUUUUCUACCUGACCAACAAACUGACCCCAGAGCAAGACAGGGCAGUGCGUGGCGAGAUUGUCAGACUCGUCGAUGUCGACGUCGCGGACUCCAAGUGUGCAUGCUACGUGCCUUGGACUAAAGAUGAGUCGUGCGAGGGCAAUCUCGACGACAUGUGGGAGAUCUUUUGGGAUGUAUACACAUACAAGCGGGGACACGCAGUUCCUUGCGGGCAUAACACGCCGGUAUUCUUCAUUGACCGACAGUCCGGUAUUGACCAGACCGUAAUCGUGGCAGAGGCAGACACGCUGUACAUUCCCAGGGACCAGAAAACGACCGCGUCGGAACUUCUAGACGGGAUCGAUGUGCCACAGCUACGGGGGUUCAGGCAUAACCGGAUCCCGGCCGCAGAGGCACACGGCGCAUUUGUCAAUCUGGGCAUUGCAAAUAUGGGGUUUGACGAGUUUGGGGAUGAGGCGCAGGUCAAGAAAUACUCUCGCCCUGGAUGGCCGGGACACGGCAUAUUGAAGGACGAGGAUGAGGACGACGACAGCGACGAGUAGAGUUUGUCCGAUGAGUUUGUAUAUCUAUUGCAGAUUUCCCCCCUACACCAACAAGGGCACCCUUACUUAGUAAGGGUCUGUAUUGCAUGAUAUCCAGUUGACAAUAUCUAUAUAGAUUAU